AUGCCUCAGCAGAAGAUAUCCUCGCUCAAGAUUUAUUUUGACGAGCUAGAAGAGACCAGCGGCGAUGACGAAUGCAAGGCCUGGUUAAGUAGAGCUUUUGACUCAAGGGCUGAACUGACAGUUUUUGUCGCUGGACGGCGGGAAGGAGGGGGAACUGGAGAAUAUGUUGGUUUUCUUAAGGGUUCCUUUAACAUUAGCUUCCACUUCAGCUUCGGCGAUAGACGGCCGGAUGUCAUUAUUCGGUUCCCGAAGCCCGGGCACACGGCUACAGCUUAUAGGGAAGAAAAAGGUGUGAAUGAGGUCCAUAUCAUGGAAUACCUCCACUAA